GCUGGCAAGUUUUCUGGAAAAGCGGCUGAUUUUCCGGAAAAACUGGCCAGUCUAGACACAGCCACACAGUUUAUCAAACAAACCCUGUCCCUCUGUGCUUGCAACCAGCUGGGAUCAAGUGGCCUAGCCUGAUUCAGUUUCUCCAUGGAGUCUCUUACAGCUCCUAUUGACUCUGGCUAUUUACACUGCAACCAGAUUUAAUUGCCUCCACAUUUAGCAUGAAAAAGAGUGGUUAGCACACUCAUUAACUUUCACCCAGGCCUGUGAUUAUUAUUCCUUUUAUAAAGCUAUAGGUGUGCAUGGUGCCAGGGAUUUCCCCCCCCCCCAUGGUGGUGUAUACCCCCCCUGAAUUUACCCAAACACCCCUCCCCCCAGUUUUAUGAACUAUGGUGCCGUACAGCCCACCUUCCCCCUCACUGUCCCACCCCUCAUCGGCCCUGACAUCCCCCCAUGUAAAUUCAAACACCCCCCUAAUUUCAAUUCCUGGGGAGGCUACUGUGAUGGUGCUUCAUUGUAUGUAAUCCCUAUACCAGAUUAUCUGCAUUUCAAGAGGAUCAUAUCCUCUUCCUCCUCUGCUGUAUCUGAAUAAAGUUCUCUUCAAUGAGAGUGAAUUGGUUAGCCAAUUUACCAGUGGGAAUAGGGUGAAUUUUUUUCCACCACUAGUAGAGGUGGAGAAUUUGAAUAUUUGCCAAGAUCUCUUGUUACAGUGAAAUUGAUUUAUAAAUUGUUGUGUAUUUCUCCUGAAGAGUAACAGUGCCCAAUUGAAAUCAAUGUGGUCUUCUUUUUUAGUUUUAACUUUUAAAAUUGGUUUGUAUGGUUCCCAGUUCCUGUGCUGCCUCUACCCUGGUUAAAAUCCAUGGAAAAUGGAACAAUUUGAAUUUGUGUAGUACUGGGGUACUUGUUACAUGUACAGCUCCAAAACCUGAGACACUUUGCUCUUUCCACCUCGUUUCUUUUGUAUCCACAUUUCAGAUCUCCUGAAACUGGCUAGGUGGAGUGCUGGAAAUGGAAUAAAGGAUGUGGUCUGAGGGAAAAGAAAGAAUGCUGUUUGUUUUAUAUUAUCCUCCUCACACCUCCACAGAACUGAUGAAUGGAAAGGGAAGGCGGUUAGGCCAAAAAUCAAAGAGCUCUUGAACCAUGGUUGCGGACCACAGAUUGCAUACAGAUACAAAUCUUGUAUCUGCAUAGGACUCUGUGAAUUCAUUCUUGCUCUGUUCAGUUCCUCUGGGUUCUUGAUGGUCAGAACGCCUGCCACAAGGGAGUUUGAAUGAGUAAAUACCAAUUAGCUACCAAUUGUGACUCAUUAAUUUAUUUAUGUAAUCCCUGCUGAGGUUUGGGUAGGAAGGAAAUAUGUCACCAUGCCUUUAGGCUUGUUCUUCUUCUUGCCCAAUACCUCUCUGCAAUGAGAUCCUAAUCACUGUGGACCUGCAAUGAGUGGUCUUCUGGUGGACCAGAAGAUAAAUGAUGUAAGAGUGGCUAUCUGCCUUUCAACCCUGCCCCCUUGAGCUGCUUGAGGAGGGAAGGGCAGUGUCUUAAUUGUUACAUAACUUCAUUAGAAUAAUUUCCAAAUAUAGAGAAGAGGAAGGAUUUGAGGAAGGUAAUAUCUUUCAACCAAGUAUUUUCAAAAUCCUCUCUAGCCUCUACCAGGUUGGUAUCUCGCUUCUAUAUUAAAGUCUAGUUGGCUGUGAUAAUUUUUUUUCUUUGAGAUAGUUGGUUAAUAUUUGGACAUUUUAAAUUCUGCAACCAAAUGGAUUUAGAUUUGCAAUAAGGAUACACCAUCCUUUGUUUUACUAUAACAAUCAUGUAUGCUUUAUUUUUAGGUAACUAUGUCUAAGAAGCUGUCCUUGCCUUCUUUAACUGCAUCAGCAUCUUCUGUAAAUGGCAGAAACAAUGAAUGUACAAGUGUUGAACUUCCUGCUUCAGUUACUAAUGCUAGUAAGCUGAGGGAAAGACUCGUUUGUAUGGCACCAAAACAGAUAGCAGCAAAUCCUCAAAGUCUUAAAUUCAUACAUAGCACAAAAUCACAAGAAAAAGCAAGAAACAGACAGCAAGCCAUAAAACUGGAACCAUUGCCUGUUUUAAAGGUAUAUCAGCAUCAUAAACAGCCUGAAUACAUCUACCAAAAGAACAGAGAGCAUUUAUUAGCUUGUGCAUUACUACAGCCUUCUCCCGCAGCGGAGAAAAGAAAAUGGCCUGCCUCCAUGGAACCGAUGGCUUCGUUAGCCAAGCUUCCAGAGCAUGUACGAGAAAAGGUACAGCAGCAAAGCCCCAGUAAGAUACUAGCUCCUUCUCCUCCCAAACAGCUACGUACUGCUCUAAAGCCAAGUGCCUGUAAAUCUUCUGCCUCUCCACCUUUGUAUGCUUUUAACGACACAGAAGAUGUAAUUAAAGCUAACAUUACAGACCCUCUGAAAAUCAUUAAAAUAAUAUGUGAAAACCAAAAUCUGGGAUUCCUGUACAUGACUCCAGCAUUUCCUAAAUCAUCAAUUAAAUAUGACACUUUUAAUUUGAAAAUUGUAAGCUAUGACUGCAUCAACAAAAAUGACUACUACACCAUUAGCCAGAAUGCAGUUAUCCACACCUGUGAUGGAGAAGUUGAAUUCAUGCCACUAGAUCGCUGGGAGCAGGAAUAUCUGUAUCACAAAACAUUUACUAAGAUUCCCAUAUUUGCUAUCUUUUGCAAACUGAAAUCAUUUACAGAAUGGAGGAAAAAUGUCCGUUCCAAGAAGAUCAAUGCAUGCCGGAAAGCUUUGCAGGAGAACUUGUUCAUUGUUAAUGCUUCUUUGCGACCUGCGGUGCUUAAUGUUCAAGAAAUGUGUUACCGAAUCAGUGACAUGGGACUUUGUCGCAUUGAGAAAGGUUACACAUACACGCUGGAGGAAUUUAGAAGCACUCAGUUCAAACAACUGGAUGAGGUGGCAAGCCGUCUAGCAGAGUUCAGAGAACUAGCGAAAGAAGUUGUUAGAAGUGCAUGUCGAACUGCCCUGCUUGAAUCUGGAUUUACUCCUGAUGAUUAUGUUUAUGAACCAGGCAGUUCAGAACAGCUAACAAUGGUAACUGGAUUAGCAGCUUCAAGUAUCCUUAUUGCUCCUCAUUUUGAAAAAGAAUUUUAUGGCGAAACAGCUGACAAAAUGACCUACACAGAACAGGCCAACAAAAGGUCUCAUUGUAGAAGAUUAACAUGCUUUAUCCGUCUCGCUGACUACCUAAUAGUGAAUACUAUGCAUGUCCUGGCAGUAAAAUCAGUUACUACUCUUUUGAACUAUCUUACUGAGAAGCUGAAAAGGACACCUACUGCAGAUGUCAUACAGAAGUGGAAUACAGAGGAAAAAAUUGAAGUUUCUGAGAAGAAGACUGUGUCAGGCCAGGAUGAAGAAGACUCAUUUCUGCCCAUGUUUCUCUCUGAGAUAAUUUUGGAGAUCCAUGCACUGUUGUUUGCACCAUCUUUGGAUGACUUCCAGGAAGGUAUUGAGCAUAUUAUUAAUCAGUUUCAGACAACUGUGUUGUCUGUUGCUAAUCUUGUACCUGAUCAAUACUUCGAUGCAUUUACUCGUCCUAUUAUUAAUAAAAAAAUUGAAGAAAAGACUUGUGGUGAAGGACCAAGUUUAUCAACUAUGUUUAAAGAUGAUAAACAUCUGCAAGCAAUCAUCCAGCAAAUAAAGGAAACUGUGUAUUCAGCGUUUGAGGCAGCCAGCUUAUAUGCAGACACUUUUGAACAGUUUCGGUUAUUUUUCAAAGAAAAUGAAAGCCUUGACUUGGAAGCUCUGAAGCAGCAGGAACAUGGUGUUGAUUUCUUUGCACAACAACUCGAGAAAUAUCACAGAGAACAUAAAGAUGCUUUGGCUAUCAAGCAGAAAAGAAAUUUAGGCUUGUUGCUUAUAGAUGCGAAAAAACUGAAAGAAAAAUUAAUACCAUCACCAAAGCGCUGCUUGGAGGUCAUUAACGAUAUGCUCCCGGUUAUUGGAAAGCAGAAAGUGACUGCCAUUAUAGCUGAGGCACAAGAUGCCAAAUUUAAACUUGAGUUUCUUCCAUCCACCACUACAGAAUAUGUUAACAGCUUGAUAUUCCUUGAUGAAAUUCAGGAACGAAUUGAAAGCCUUGAAGAAGAAGGGAAUGUGGUAACUCAGAUGUAUCAGCUGAUUGAACAGUACCUAGUACCUACGCCUCCUGAAGAUUUUGCUCUCUUUGCAUCUCUGAAACCAUCCAUUGUUGCGGUUCGCAAUGCAAUUGACAAAUCAGUGGGCGAAAGAGAUGCCAGCAUUACCAAAUUCUGUCAACAUUUAGACCAAGAUGUUGUCGAGCUCAAUGAGGAAGUGAAAGAAGUGAAACAGCAAGCUCAGGACCCACAGAUUUUGGAUAUUGCAGCUGAUCAAGCCAAAAUCAAACAAACUCUAACAGACUUGCAAGCCAUUCUAGAUGAGUUGCAGAAACGGGCAUUCCAGUAUAAAUCCUACCAGAAGAAUUUUAAGGUGGAAAUUUCAAAAUUCGAUGCUUUAGAGGAAGUUAGUGCAGAACUGAAACUCAAACAGCUGCUUUGGGAUUCUUGUUCUGAAUGGGAAAUACUCCAGACAGAAUGGAUGGAGUGUAAAUUUGAUAGCCUGGAUCCAGAAUACCUGAAUUCUCAAGUUUCUAAGUAUGCUAAAUUUGUGAAUCAAUUGGAAAAAGGUUUGCCACCCAAUAAUAUAGUGCCACAGCUCAAAGGGAAUGUGGAGAAGAUGAGAGAAAAGCUUCCAGUUAUCACAGACCUGAGAAACCCCUGUUUGAAACCCAGACACUGGGCAGUUUUGGAACAAAUAGUUAAUGCGCCACUGGUAGAUCUGGAAUUCCCGUUAUCCUUGGCUCGACUUGUUGAGCUCAGUGCCUUUGACUUUGCUCAAGAAAUUCAGGAUGUUUCUGGACAAGCUUCGGGAGAAGCUUCCUUAGAGACCAUUCUCAAAAAGGUGGAGGAUUCUUGGAAAACAACUGAAUUCGUUGUUCUUCCUCAUCGUGAUUCGAAGGAUGUUUUUAUCCUUGGUGGUACAGAUGAGAUUCAGGUUCUUCUUGAUGACAGCACUAUUAAUGUAUCAACUAUAGCCUCCUCACGAUAUGUGGGCCCGCUCAAAUCUCGUGUGGAUGAAUGGCAAAAGCAGCUCGCCUUAUUUAGUCAAACAUUGGAAGAGUGGUUGACGUGUCAGAGAAACUGGCUUUACUUAGAAAGUAUUUUUAGUGCUCCUGAUAUACAGAGGCAGCUACCUGGAGAGGCAAAGAUGUUCUUACAGGUGGAUAAGUCCUGGAAGGAAAUAAUGAGAAAAGUCAAUCGUCUGCCAAAUGCUCUUCGUGCUGCUACUCAGCCUGGCCUCUUAGAGACCUUUCAGAAUAACAAUGGGCUGCUUGAUCAAAUUCAGAAGUGCCUAGAGGCUUAUUUGGAGUCCAAGCGAGUUAUCUUUCCCAGGUUUUACUUUUUAUCAAAUGAUGAACUCCUGGAAAUCUUGGCUCAGACUCGCAACCCUCAAGCUGUUCAGCCUCAUUUAAGAAAAUGCUUUGAUUCCAUUUCUAAACUAGAAUUUGCCAUGAUGACUCCAUCUGAGGGAGAACAAGAAAAAGUUUUUACUAAUGAUAUUUUAGCAAUGUUGUCACCUGAGGGAGAGAGGGUUAGCUUAGGGAAAGGACUCAAGGCCAGAGGGAAUGUAGAAGAUUGGCUUAGUAAAGUAGAAGAAGCCAUGUUCAGUUCUCUGAGACGCCUAUCUAAAGCUGCCAUUGCUGAUUAUCAAACCAGAGUGAGACUGGAAUGGGUUGUUGCUGGACACCCAUCUCAGGUUGUGCUGACGAUUUCUCAGCUCAUGUGGUGCCGGGAUCUGACUCAGUGCUUAGAAGGAGAUCACGAUCACUUACAAGCAUUAACUGACUUUGAGAAAAUAAAUUUUGAUAGAUUAAAUGCACUGGCUGGAUUAGUCCGUGGUGUCCUUCCGAAAUUGCACAGAAAUAUUAUAACAGCGCUGAUAACUAUUGAUGUGCAUGCAAGAGAUAUUGUUAGUGAACUUGUGGCAGAAAAGGUGGACUCUGCAGACAAUUUUGAUUGGCAGAGACAACUACGUUAUUAUUGGGAUCUUGAUCUGGAUAAUUGUGUUGCCAGGAUGGCUUUAUCUCAGUAUACUUAUGGUUACGAAUACCUGGGAGCAUGUCCAAGAUUAGUGAUAACUCCGCUGACUGAUCGGUGCUACCUUUGCCUCAUGGGAGCUUUGCAGCUGGACCUCGGUGGAGCCCCUGCUGGACCUGCUGGAACUGGUAAAACAGAGACUACUAAAGAUCUUGCCAAAGCACUUGCCAUCCAGUGUGUUGUGUUUAACUGCUCCGACGGCUUGGAUUACAAGAUGAUGGGACGGUUCUUCAGCGGUUUGGCCCAGUCGGGAGCAUGGUGCUGUUUUGAUGAAUUUAACCGAAUUGAUAUUGAAGUUCUGUCUGUGAUUGCUCAGCAGUUGAUCACUAUUAGGAAUGCGAAAGCUGCCAAGCUCUUUCGAUUUAUGUUUGAGGGACGUGAAAUAAAGCUGGUUAUGACCUGUGCGGCGUUCAUCACAAUGAAUCCUGGAUAUGCUGGACGAACAGAGCUGCCCGACAAUCUAAAAGCUCUCUUCCGACCCUUUGCAAUGAUGGUUCCAAAUUAUGCCUUGAUUGCUGAGGUGAUUCUGUAUUCUGAAGGUUUUGAAUCUAGUAAAAUUCUUGCAAGGAAGAUGACUCAAAUGUACAAACUUUGUAGUGAGCAGCUUUCUCAACAAGAUCAUUAUGACUUUGGAAUGAGAGCAGUCAAAUCUGUAUUAGUCAUGGCUGGGUCACUAAAAAGAGAGAACCCGGAUCUGAAUGAGGAUGUGGUGCUAAUAAGGGCUUUACGAGAUUCUAAUCUACCAAAAUUUCUUGCAGAUGAUGCUCUUCUUUUCAGUGGGAUUAUUUCUGAUCUUUUCCCGGGAGUCGUAAUCCCAGAACAUGACUAUGGGAUACUACAGUCGACAAUUAUAGAUGUUAUGCUUUCAAAGGGAUUGCAGACGGAAGCAUGCAUGGUUCAUAAGGUCAUACAGCUCUAUGAAACCAUGUUAGUGAGGCAUGGUGUUAUGCUUGUUGGGCCAACGGGAGGUGGAAAAACAACAGUUUAUGAAAUUCUGGCCCAGACUUUAGGAGAUUUACAUGAUGCUGGUGAAGAAAACCCUUUUUACCAGCCUGUCAAAACCUUUAUUCUGAACCCCAAGUCAAUUACAAUGGGCGAAUUGUAUGGCGAAGUUAAUACUUUAACUCUGGAGUGGAAAGAUGGUUUGAUGGGUCUGAGUGUUCGAGCUGCUGUAAAUGACACCUCUGAAGAUCAUAAGUGGAUCAUCUGUGAUGGGCCAGUGGAUGCCCUAUGGAUUGAAAACUUGAACACAGUGCUGGAUGAUAACAAGAUGCUUUGCUUGGCAAACAGUGAAAGAAUCAAACUCACGCCCUCCAUCCAUAUGAUGUUUGAGGUACAAGAUCUGAAAGUUGCCUCACCUGCAACAGUUAGCCGAUGUGGAAUGGUGUACAUUGACCCUGACGAGUUGAAGUGGAUCCCAUAUGUACAGACUUGGAUGGCCGGUCUUGAAAAUAAAAUGAAUGAGGAAACAAAACAACAUUUGUUUGAUCUGUUUUGUCGUUAUGUUGAAGAUGGUCUAAAGUUUGUCAAUAAAAAGUGCUCACAAGCUAUUCCACAAGUGGACAUCAGUAAAGUUACUACACUUUGCUGUUUGCUGGAGUCUUUGCUGCUUGGAAAAGGAGGCCCUGAUCUUAAGAUGGACCAAUCAAAGUUAAACACCAUUGUCUGCCAGACUUUUGUUUUCUGCUAUUUGUGGUCACUGGGAGGAAAUUUAACUGAAAACUAUUGGGAUAUGUUUGAUACGUUUGUGAGACAACAGUUUGAGGACAAUCCUGAAUCCAAGCUUCCGACCUCUGGAGACCUGUGGAACGUUUACAUGGAUUUUGAUAUCCGGCGACUGGAAUCCUGGGAGAGGGUUAUACCUACUUUCAAGUACAGCAGAGAAGUGCCAUUUUUUGAGAUGCUUGUUCCAACCACAGACACUGUGCGUUAUGGCUACCUGAUGGAAAAGUUGUUAGCUGUUAAACACUCGGUAUUGCUCACAGGAAUUACUGGUGUCGGCAAGUCUGUAGUUGCAAGGGGAUUGCUAAACCGAAUACAAGAAGAAGCUGGUUACGUUCCUGUUUACCUAAACUUCUCUGCUCAGACGUCCUCUAUGAGAACACAAGAGAUUAUUGAGUCCAAAUUAGAAAAGAAAAGAAAAAAUAUUUUAGGCGCACCAGGAAAGAAAAGAGUUGUUAUUUUUGUGGAUGAUCUAAACAUGCCUAAAUUGGAUCGCUACGGCUCUCAGCCCCCUAUUGAGCUACUUCGGCAGUACCAAGAUUUUGGAGGCUUCUAUGACAGAGAUAAACUGUUUUGGAAAGAAAUACAGGGUGUAACGAUUGCUUCAGCUUGUGCACCCCCAGGCGGUGGUCGCAAUCCAGUAACUCCACGUUUUAUAAGGCACUUUGCCAUGCUGUGCCUUCCAACACCCUCGGAGCACAGCCUGAAACAAAUUUUUCAGGCAAUCUUAAAGGGCUUUUUGGCUGAAUUCUCUCCAGCAGUAAAGCAGACAGCAACAUGUAUAGUGGAUGCUGCUGUUGAAAUAUAUGAAAGAAUGAGCAUCGAUCUUCUCCCAACUCCUGCAAAAUCCCAUUAUGUAUUUAAUUUACGUGAUUUGUCAAAGUGUGUGCAAGGCAUUCUCCAAUGUGAUUCUGGAGCAGUCAGAGACCAAACACAGAUCUUCAGACUUUUUUGCCAUGAGUGUCAGAGAGUUUUCCAUGACCGCCUCAUCAACAGUGAAGAUAAACAAUAUUUUCAUUCUAUGUUAUCCGAAAUGGCCAGCAAACAUUUUGGAGUCCCAGUUGACCCAGAUUACUUUGUAAGAAAACCAAUCAUCUUUGGGGACUUCAUUAAAGUUGGUGCAGAUAAAGCAGAUCGAAUAUAUGAGGAUCUGACUGAUAUGGACAAGAUUAUAUCAGUUUUACAAGAUUAUCUGGAUGACUACAAUAUCUCAAAUUCUAAGGAAACAAAGCUGGUGUUCUUCCAGGAUGCUAUCGAGCAUGUUUCAAGAAUUGCUCGGAUGAUCCGUCAGGAAAGAGGAAAUGCUCUGCUUGUUGGAGUAGGAGGUACUGGCAAACAGUCUCUAACUAGGCUUGCUUCUCAUAUAUGUGGGUACAAAUGCUUUCAGAUAGAACUUAGCCGUGGUUAUAAUUACGACAGUUUUCAUGACGAUCUGAGGAAGCUGUAUAAGAUGGCAGGAGUAGAAGACAAAGAUAUGGUUUUCCUCUUCACAGACACACAGAUUGUUGUAGAGGAGUUCUUAGAAGACAUAAACAAUAUUCUCAAUUCUGGGGAAGUACCUAAUUUGUUUGAAAAAGAUGAACUGGAACAGGUUCUGGCCCCUACCAGGCCCAAAGCUAAAGAAGCAGGAAUACCAGAGGGGAACAGAGAUGAGGUAUUUCAAUACUUCAUUAGCCGAGUUCGUCAGAAGCUGCAUAUUGUCCUCUGUAUGAGUCCUGUAGGAGAAGCUUUCCGAGCGCGAUGUCGGAUGUUUCCAUCCCUGGUGAAUUGCUGUACUAUUGAUUGGUUUGUGCAGUGGCCCAGAGAAGCACUUCUUUCGGUAUCCAGAACAUUUUUCCUGAAUGUUGACCUUGGAAGUGACGCGUUGAAAGAGAAAGUUUCAGUCAUGUGUGUAGAUAUUCAUAUGAGCGUGACGGAAAUGGCAGAUCGAUAUUAUGCUGAGCUGCGGCGACGCUAUUACACAACUCCUACUUCAUACUUAGAAUUAAUCAACCUCUACUUGUCUAUGCUGGGGGAAAAAAGGAAGCAGCUGGUCUCAGCUCGGGACCGAGUGAAGAACGGUUUGUCCAAACUAUUAGAGACGAAUGUGCUUGUAGAUAAAAUGAAAUUAGAUCUCUCAGCAUUAGAGCCGGUCCUUGUAGAGAAAUCACUGGAUGUUGAGGCUUUGAUGGAAAAAUUAGCAGUGGAUCAAGAAAAUGCUGAUCAGGUUCGCCGAGUUGUUCAAGAAGAUGAAGCUAUUGCAAAAGUGAAAGCGGAAGAGACUCAGGCAAUUGCUGAUGAUGCUCAGCGGGAUCUGGACGAAGCUCUCCCGGCUUUAGAGGCGGCAAAUAAAGCUCUUGACUCUUUAGAUAAAGCCGAUAUAUCUGAAAUUAGAGUUUUUACCAAGCCUCCGGAUCUUGUCAUGACUGUAAUGGAAGCAAUCUCCAUUCUUUUAAAUGCAAAGCCUGACUGGGCAGCCGCAAAGCAGCUCCUUGGAGAUUCCAAUUUCCUCAAAAAACUUUUAGAAUAUGAUAAAGAAAACAUCAAGCCCCAAAUAUUGCUAAAGCUUCAGAAAUACAUAAAUAAUCCCGAUUUUGUGCCUGAAAAAGUAGAGAAGGUGUCCAGGGCUUGUAGGUCGAUGUGCAUGUGGGUGAGAGCCAUGGAUUUAUACUCUAGAGUCGUCAAAGAAGUUGAGCCAAAGAGGCAAAAGUUAAACGCUGCACAGGUGGAGCUUGAUGCUACCAUGGCUACCCUACGAGACAAGCAAAGGAAAUUGAAACAGGUGGAGGAUCAGAUCCAAGCAUUACAAGACCAGUAUGAAAAAAGCCUGGAAGAAAAAGAGAGCCUUGCAAGGAAUAUGGCACUUACCCAAGCUCGUCUCACUCGUGCUGGAAAGCUUACAGCUGCCUUAGGAGAUGAACAAGUUCGGUGGGAAGAGAGCAUCAAGAAUUUUGAAGGCGAGAUUUCCAACAUCAUAGGGAAUGUAUUCAUAGCAGCUGCUUGUGUUGCUUAUUAUGGGGCUUUUACAGCACUUUACAGGCAACUGCUGAUAGAUUGCUGGAUCAAGAAAUGUCAGAAUCUAGAGAUUCCCAUCAAUCCAGACUUCAGUCUAAUAAACAUUUUGGGAGAUCCCUAUGAAAUUCGCCAGUGGAACACGGAUGGGUUGCCACGUGACUAUGUAUCGACUGAGAAUGGGAUUCUUGUGACUCGAGGGCGACGCUGGCCACUGAUGAUUGACCCACAGGAUCAGGCAAAUCGAUGGAUAAGAAACAAAGAAACAAAAUACGGUUUAAAGAUAAUUAAGCUCACUGACUCUGGUUUCCUGCGUACUCUUGAGAAUUCAAUUAGAUUGGGUCUCCCUGUUCUACUAGAAGAGCUGAAAGAAACCUUGGACCCUGCCUUGGAGCCUGUCCUUUUGAAACAGACCUUUAUUUCUGGUGGGAGAACACUUAUUCGCCUGGGAGAUUCCGACAUUGAUUAUGACAGAAACUUUAGGUUUUACAUGACAACUAAACUACCAAACCCACACUACCUUCCAGAGGUGUGUAUUAAAGUUACGAUAAUCAAUUUCACCGUAACCAGAUCUGGCCUUGAGGAUCAGCUGCUAAGUGACGUUGUGCGACUGGAGAAACCUGAGCUUGAGGAACAAAGAACCCAGCUCAUUGUGAGAAUCAAUGCUGAUAAAAAUCAGCUGAAAGCUAUUGAAGACAAAAUUCUAAAAAUGUUGUUUACUUCUGAGGGGAACAUCCUCGACAAAGAAGAACUCAUCAACACACUCCAAGAAUCAAAGGUUACAUCUGGUGCCAUUAAAUCAAGGCUAGAAGAAGCUGAGGCUACCGAAGAGAAGAUAAAUGCCGCUCGUGAGAAGUACCGCCCUGUAGCUACUCGAGGGUCUGUCAUGUACUUUGUAAUUGCAAGUCUAUCAGAGAUUGAUCCCAUGUAUCAAUUUUCCUUAAAAUAUUUUAAGCAGUUAUUUAAUACGACAAUUGAGACUUCUGAAAAGAACGAUAAUCUGCAGCAGCGCCUGGCAAUCCUGCUUAGUCAGACUCUCUAUGCAACUUAUACCAAUGUUUCCCGCGGCCUUUUUGAACAACACAAACUCAUCUACAGCUUUAUGCUGUGCAUUGAGAUCAUGCGGCAGAGAGAAGAGCUUACGGAUAUAGAGUGGAAUUUUUUUCUCCGUGGUUCUGCUGGAUUAGAUAAGCAACGCCCUGCGAAGCCUGAUGUGCCGUGGCUCGAAGACUCCAUGUGGUUUAUGUGUUGUGACUUAGAGGAAAUCCUCCCAUGUUUUCAAGGGAUUCAGAGUGAAAUCCUGUCCACGCACAUUUUCAUUCAAUUAGGGUGCCUGGACGUUCAUGUCAACCCAGAAACAUCCGAAACGUAUAACUCGGAACCCUCCGCUCCUGCAGUACAACCGGAAGAAGAGACAAAGGACGGCACCAGGAAAGCUUGCUGGGACACAAGACUGAGCAUGUUUCAGAAAUUAAUUCUUGUGAAAAGUUUUAUGGAAGAAAAGGUGGUCUCUGCACUCACUGAGUUUGUAAUCGAGAACCUUGGAAAACAAUUCAUAGAGAAUCCGCCUGUUGACUUGGGAACUCUUUAUCAAGACAUGUCAUCUUCAACUCCUCUAGUGUUUAUCCUGAGCACAGGCUCCGACCCUAUGGGCGCUUUCCAGAGGUUUGCAAAAGAGCGAGGAUAUUCAGAACGAGUACGGUCGAUUUCACUAGGGCAAGGGCAAGGACCUAUUGCAGAAAAGAUGAUAAAGGAUGCAAUGAAAACAGGAAAUUGGAUUUUUCUGCAGAACUGUCACCUAGCCGUUUCAUGGAUGUUAGCCAUGGAAGAGCUUAUAAAAAGCUUUACCGAGCCAAGUGUUUCUAUUCAGGAGAGCUUUCGACUCUUUUUAAGUUCCAUGCCUUCUGAAACCUUUCCUGUCACUGUCCUUCAGAACUCUGUCAAGGUAACCAAUGAGCCUCCAAAAGGGCUUCGUGCAAACAUCAGGCGAGCAUUCACAGAGAUGACAACUAUGUUCUUUGAAGAAAAUAUCCUUGGCAAAAAUUGGAGGAAAAUGAUUUUUGGCAUUUGCUUCUUCCAUGCUAUCGUUCAGGAGAGGAAAAAGUUUGGACCUCUGGGGUGGAACAUCUGCUACGAAUUUAGUGACAGCGACAGAGAAUGUGCCUUACUGAACCUAAAUCUUUACUGUCAAGAAGGAAAGAUACCCUGGGAUGCCUUAACUUACAUAACAGGUGAAAUUACUUAUGGAGGGCGAGUUACAGACACCUGGGAUCAGAGAUGCCUGCGUACAGUCUUAAAGAGGUUUUUUGCUCCUGAAACAUUAGAAGAUUAUUACAAAUAUUCUGAGUCAGGUGUAUAUUUUGCCCCUCUGGCUGAUAGUUUGCAAGAUUUUAAAGACUAUAUUGAAAAUCUUCCUUUGAUCGAUGACCCAGAAAUAUUUGGAAUGCAUGAGAACGCUAAUUUGGCUUUCCAGCGUAAAGAGACAAGCACUUUAAUCACAACCAUGCUUGAAGUUCAGCCAAGAUCAACUGCACAAGGAUCAGGCAAAAGCAAUGAUGAAAUUGUUCAAGAGCUGGCUAGCACUAUCUUGACCAAACUGUCUGGAAAACUGGACUUAGACACUGCUUCAGAAAGCCUUUUUGUCAAGGAUGACAAAGGACGUGUGGACUCGUUAACUACUGUACUUGGACAAGAAGUGGAUCGGUUCAACAACCUGCUCGAGUUGCUAAGAAGCUCUUUAGAAACCCUCAACAAAGCUAUUGCUGGUUUUGUGGUGAUGUCGGAAGAGAUGGAGAAAGUAUACAGCAGUUUUCUUAACAACCAAGUUCCCACCCUGUGGGCCGAUGCAGCCUAUCCUUCUCUGAAGCCGUUAGGUGGCUGGGUAAAAGACCUCGUGCUCAGGAUAGCCUUUGUAGAUUCCUGGCUCCGAAGGGGACAACCGAAGUCUUUCUGGAUCUCUGGUUUCUUUUUUCCACAAGGAUUUCUGACAGGCACACUUCAAAAUCAUGCUCGGAAAUAUAACUUGCCAAUAGAUGAGCUUAGUUUCAGUUAUAAUGUCAUCCCCGCUUAUCGAGAUCAAGCACAAGUUACAGAAGCAUUAAAAGUAUGCCAAUUUGGACAAGAACUGCCUAUGGAUUUGCAGUUGCCCUCUCCAGAAGAUGGUGUGUUGGUACACGGGAUGUUCAUGGAUGCCAGUCGCUGGGAUGAUGAAGAGAUGGUGAUAGAAGAUGCAUUGCCGAGGCAAAUGAAUCCAAUGCUACCAGUGGUGCAUUUUGAACCCCAUCAAAAUUAUGAACCAGAUCCAUUGUUGUAUCAGUCACCACUCUAUAAAACUGGAUUCAGAGCUGGGACACUCUCCACCACAGGUCAUUCUACCAAUUUUGUGGUAACAGUCCUGCUACCCUCCAAAAGGCCAAGUGACUACUGGAUAUCGAAAGGGUCAGCCUUGCUCUGCCAACUGAAUGAGUAAGCAGCAGCAGUUCCAAUCCAGCAGGCGUGUGUGGAAAUUGCACUCCCAGGGUAUUGCGGCAGAAUGGUUUUAGCGUUAGCACAAUCCUAGGCUCAUCAUAGUAUAAUAAUGCCAAUUGCUAGCCUGUCAUUUACUUUUUCAUUUGUAUUAGAUUUGAUAAAAUAAAGGGUUGUCUGAUGUUCAUUUUCCAUUUUUAUUUUUAGGCUAGUUCUUAUCCUCUUACCACUCUGAAGAUUUAUGCAUUGCUGCUCCAGUUACAAAUAUUCUUCCACAGUAUCUGUGUGUUUCAUGUAAAAAAAACAUGCUUUGCAUUGGGAUGCUAAGUUACCAUGAUGGCUGUGCUUUACUUUCAGCUUGUCUGUCUUGUUUUCUUUCUCAGGAGUAUAAAGUCAAAAAUCUUUAAGCAAAAAUAGUAAGAGCCCUUGAAUGACUGAUUCUAAAGA